AUGGAGGUUUCCAAUUACGUGGACGCCAACUUUACCAGUAUUGAAGAUUUGAGUUUAAUUGAGAGUAAGCUUGAUGAGUUGCGGGGCAUUGACAAGCAAGUGAAAACUGUUGUGGCCAACAGGUUGUCCAAUUCAAGUGAGUCACACUUUCAAAAGGAGCUUAAACCAGACAUUGAUGACUCUAAAUUGAAUGACGCGGUUGAGAAGAUUGUAUCAGUUGUGCAGGUGGUGACAAGUUUGGACGACUUAAAUGAAGCUUAUGACAAUAUCCAUGCGUUGAUUUUAGAAUUUGGUGAUAUACCGUUAUUGAGGGAAAUUCAGGUCCAAUUGAAGAAAAAACAGGUUGCUGAGAUCCAAACGGAGUAUCUUUUGAAAUAUCAACAGAUUGAGAGCAAGCUAACAGAGGAUGCAUCAUUGGAGGAUUUGCGUGCCAUUUCUCUGCAAAUAAAUGAGAUGCAUGCACCUGAGUUGGUUUCUCAGGUUGAUCAAGAAAUCAACCGACGAAGUGCAAACUUAGAAGGCGAAUUACAAAGUCUCAUUAAAGAAAAUAAAUGGUUGAGUAAAACCACCGUUUCAAACGCAACCUUGACAUCAAUCACCAAAAUUAGUGAAAGCUUGAUUGAACUACAAUCUAUACGGAAUUCGCCCUCAUAUCCUGAUACUUGGUGGGCAUUAGAACGCUUGUUGGAGCCGGUCAUUACAAGAUUCCACUACCAUUUUGACACUCCUAAUAAGGACACCAAUAAGUUGUCAAAACCAGAAUGGGCAUUGAAUUUCAUUGAAAACUUUUUGGAGGAUAAUCUUCCACUUCUCAAUACAGUUGUGGACCAACAGUUUAAAAAGAUUCAUCGAAUUGGAACGUAUGAGAUAAUAACCACUUUGCUCGUGCCAGUGCGAAACAAGAUGAACAAGGUAAUUAAAGUGAUAAACACUAAUUUGAAGUCCGAGUAUGAUAAUAAGGUGAGAGAAAAAUACGGUGUUUUGUUAUCUCAUUUGGUAUUUGAACUAUCAUCAUUUGACCAAAGACUAAGGAACAAGUACAGAUACAACCCAUUUGCGACGGACUCUUCAGGACCUGUGGUGGAAAAAUGGACUGGAAUUACGGGCGAUAUCUUCUUGGACGAGAAAAAUCGUGCUUUUGAAAGUUGGCUUGAGUUUGAAAAGACAUUAGCUGUGAAAAGAUUCAAUCUGGAGAUCAUUAACACCAAUGAUUGGAUUAAAGUAGAUUUUGAUUACCAACCACACAAAUUAAGCAAUGAAGAUCCAAGUGCUCGCAGAAGAUACUUGCGACCAACAUUUUCUGCUUAUGGGCUUGUCAAGCUCAUCGAAAACUUGAACACUCAUUUUCAAACCCUUAGGAUCGUUAAGUUCCAACUAAAGUACGUUUCGAGUAUUCAAUUACAUUUGCUCGAGUUGUACUUGGGAGAAUUGACCCAAGAGCACAAGACCUUUACUGACCAAAACACCAAGAGUGUUUUAACCAUGAUACCUGGAGGAAUUGAGACGAAUGCAAAGAACUCUAAUAAGCGUGAAGCAGACAUAAUCGUAAGCUUGGAAAAGCUCACUGAAAUAUAUUGCUCAACCAAGUUUGUCAAUAAUUGGAUCCAAAAGUGGAACGAAGAUCUUGUAUUUAUUCAGCUUUGGAAAUUGUAUCAAAGUUUUUCAAGUUCCGAUUUGGAUGCAGACAUGAAUGAUGGUUUAUUUAGCUCCAUUUCCACAAAGUAUGAUAAGUUGCUGGAUAAAACGCUCGACAGCUACUUGGGAAUUUUGCGAGUAGAGAUCAAACAAUUGUUGAAAGCAUUCGUUAACACAAGCCAGUGGGAUUUAGCCAACCCAGAAACUGAUCUUUUACCAUCUAAAGAGUUAAAUUCCAUAAUAAACACGUUGCCAAAUUAUUUGGAUAUCAUUGAAAAGUCGGUUUCAAAAGUUGAUUAUUUUGCUGUAUCUAAUAUGGCAGUAACUAUCAUAUCAGAGUUGUUGUAUGAAUAUGUCAUUACUAAUAACCGGUUUUCAAGGACCGGAAUCGACCAAUUGAUUCUUGAUUUCAACUACUUGGUCAGUUCGUUACAUGCAACACUACUUUUGAACACCAGAAGACUGAGCUCUAUCACGCGGCUUGAUGAUAACUCAUUAUCUAAUGAUGGGAAUAGGGGCUACGUCAAAGUGGUACAAGCAAUUGAUAUUCUCGACUCAGUUCUGCCGAGCUUAGCAGCUGAAAUUAAACACCAAGAUAGAGCAAUUGAUAACUUGAGGAAAGAUUAUGGACAUGGUAUAGGAGCUAUGAAAAACAGUGAGAUAAAAGAUUUACUCAACCGAAUUAUCUAG